AUGUUGGUAGACUUGGUAAAGGAAUAUUUACAAGAAAGGGAAGAAAUAGUACGAGAAUUCAGAGAAUCAUUAAAAGAAGAAUUCCGAAAAACUAAAGAAUCAUUAGAAAAGGGUUUACAAGAAAGGAGAGAAAUAUCACGAGAAUUCCACAAAUCAUUAAAGGAAGAUCUACAAGAAACUAUAGUACGAGAAAUCAGAACAUCGUACACAAAGAUGGAAUAUAAUCUGAAGAAGGAAAUACAGGAGCUAAAAGAACAGUGGAAAAUGGAUAUCAACGAGAGAGAGAAUAAGUUGCAGAAAAAUAUAGACCAGGUCCAGGGAGACGUGGAGAAGAUGGAAGGAAAGUUAACAGAGAAGAUAGAAGAUGAUGUUGAAGAAACUAAAACCGAAUUGGGAGGAAAGAUCACUGAGGUGACGCAGAUGCAGAAACAAUGCAACGAUGUGGUUGAGGGGAUAGGAGAUAAGCAAAACCAAUUGGCAGUCAAUCCGAGAAAUGCUAUAGCCGUGCAGCGAGAAGAAGAUGACCAGUGGGUUGCAAUCGAAGGUGAGGCCUUUACUUGUAAAAUCAAGAAGAAGAAAGGGACUACUAAUUAUGAUCAGUUUGAAGGAGGAUUCUUGAAGAAAUGCUGGUCCAGAAGUCAUCAGUGUGCAGCACUUGAGGACCCACUACGCUGCAAGCCACUUAGUAAUUGGAAAGGAACGUCGGAAGAUUUUGCCAAACAUUUGUGGGAAUUGAACGAGACUUUGGAACAACCCCUGAGUGAUAACGUAAUGGUAUCUGCGAUAAAAAGAAGAUUGGAUCAGAAAAGGCAAGGAACUGUAUCUAGGAGCCUAAUCAAAGAUAGGGAGGCCUUGAUGAAGAUACUGGAGCAGUUGGAGUCUAUUAGAUCACAGGAACACAAUCGAGCUAAUGAUCGAAACAGAGAAGGGAGUAAUGACCCAAGGAUUCAUAUUAAUCAUUCGUCUGAUUACCGAGGAAGAGGCGGAGGAACCGAAAAACCGAAUGACACUCCAGGUGAGGUCCGGUCAAGAGUGAGGGCUACCAGGACCCGAAUAAACCUGCUAGGACAUGGUUAG